UUUCAUGUCUUACAAAACACAAGCUCUGGUCCUCCUCCUUUCGCCCUUAUUGCUGCUCUCUCACUUGAGCUCAUCCCAAGGCUGCCCAAUUGUCACCUACUGGGGACAGAAUGUGAACGAAGGAGAGUUGAGCACAGCAUGCGACACCGGAAAGUACGAGAUCAUCAACAUAGCAUUCAUGAACACAUUCGGCAAUGGGCAAACUCCAAAUAUAGACCUCUCAGGACAUUGCUCUGAGUCUUGGGGUGUCCCUUGCACUAAAUAUGCCUCCCAAAUAGCCUAUUGCCAAGGCCUAGGCAUCAAAAUCUUCCUUUCUCUCGGAGGAGCCUCUGGUCAAUAUGGCCUUUCCUCAGCCCAAGACGCCCAGGAGUUUGCACAACACCUCUGGACCUACUACCUCAGUGGCCAAAGCGCAGGUCUCCUCGGAAACGUGACCUUAGAUGGCAUUGAUUUUGACAUCGAAGCUGGUUCAAACUUGUACUGGGAUGUCCUUCUUAAAGAUCUUUACACUUAUAAGGAAGUAAAGACCUUUUAUUUAUCAGCAGCACCACAAUGUCCAAUCCCAGAUUACUACUUAGACACCGCCAUCAGAACUGGCCUCUUUGACUACAUCUGGGUCCAGUUCUACAACAACCCUCCCUGCGAAUACACAGAUGGGGAUACUCAGAAACUUAUAAGUUCAUGGAACCAGUGGACGACCACCUUCAACGCCACCAAGUUCUAUGUCGGCCUCCCGGCGUCUCCCGCUGCAAAUGGUAGUGCCGGUGGUUAUGUCCCGAUCGAUGUGCUCAACAACGAGAUUCUUCCGCAGGUAGAAACCUCUCCCAAGUUUGGUGGGGUUAUGUUAUGGAGUAGGUACUAUGAUUAUCUAUCUGGGUACAGCGGUAAAAUCAACUGUACUGCCCCUGCAGCUCUUAAGGUUGUCCGUGCGCCGUUGGUUGCCAUGAUGAAAUCUGCGUCGGAGGUUCUGUAUCGCCUUUUAUCGCAGUACUAGACUGUGACUCCAACCUCUCUAGCCACUAUGUCAUGUAUGGAAUCAAUUGUCCGAGGCUAGUGCCUUUCUUCCAUGUUAAGUGAUGAAAGCCUGAUUCUAGUCAGGUUAUCAUCAAUGAGAAAUAAAAACUUUAAUAAUUUAGUACGUGAUACUGUUCUUUUAA